GAAUGCUGUCUGUUGUUGGUGUUCACAGCCUGGCCAGCAGCCUGUGGGGAUACGUGGACACUACAAUAAGGUAAGGAACCGAGUCAUCCAGCUCAAACUUUGCACAAACCUGCUCCUUCACUGCUUCCAAAGUGACCUGCCCAGAAUGUUCAGAUGCCUCACAGUCCUCCAGGUGGUGCUGGAUCCCCAACUGGUUACCAUCAUGGUGUCCCACGUCUACGAACCAGCUGCAGAUUGCAGAGGACAGCAUGCUGCGAUGUGUCAACAGUGCUUUUACCAAACAGUUCAUCCCCAUCUCCAGUGGCAAUCUGCUUUGGACGCUUACCUUUUGCAGUGAGGGUGUUAAAGAUAAAACCCCCAUGGUUCUGCUGCAUGGAUUUGGAGGUGGUGUUGGUCUUUGGGCUCAGAACCUGGAUGCUCUCUCCCAGCGUCGGCCCGUCUUCGCUCUGGACCUGCUGGGCUUUGGCCAGAGCACCAGACCUCUAUUCUACACAGAGGCCCAGGGAGCAGAGGAUCAGUUUGUGGAGUCUAUUGAACAGUGGAGGACUAAAAUGGGUCUGGAGUCCAUGAUACUGCUUGGCCACAACUUGGGAGGAUACGUGGCUGUGUCAUAUUCUAUUAGAUAUCCAGGCAGAGUAAAGCACAUCAUCCUGGUGGAGCCCUGGGGUUUCCCUGAGCGUCCAGACACAGUAGAACCUGACCGCCCUAUCCCUGUGUGGAUCAAAGCCCUUGGCGCCAUAUUCAGGCCCUUCAACCCCUUGGCUGGCCUACGGCUGGUAGGACCACUGGGUCCCACUCUGGUCCAGACCUUGAGACCCGACUUCAAGAAGAAGUUUUCCUCCAUGUUCAGUGACAACACCGUGUCACAGUACAUCUACCACCUCAACGUGCAAACCCCCAGUGGAGAAACAGCUUUUAAGAACAUGACCGGUCCCUGUGGCUGGGCAAAGAGGCCAAUGCUGCAUAGGAUGGACCGGCUGCAUCCUGACAUCCCCAUCACCAUCAUCUACGGCUCUCGCUCCAGCAUAGACAGCAACUCAGGCAGCGCCAUCAAAGACAUGAGACCACACUCUCAUGUGGAGAUCAUAACAAUCCGUGGAGCUGGACACUACGUGUACGCUGACCAGGCUGAAGACUUCAACAAUAGAGUUUUACAAGCGUGUGAUAAAGUUGACUGAUAGCAGAGAUGAACUUGGUUAUUGAACUCUGAAGACAAAGGGGAGCACAAAUAACAGACAUCACCGAAUCAGCUGCUGUGGAAACUCAGGAGUGUUUGUACAUAAAAACAUCCUCAAAUGAGCAGUGAUCUGAGUUUAACUUACACAUCAAGACGCUGAAGUGUGACGAAUACAGGCUCUGCGUUAACAUAAUUGAGCAAGUCCACUGUUUAAUGCUAUUUAUCAGAAUCUUUGAAUAAUGCCCAUGGGAAUGUGCCACGUGCCUCUUUUGCAUUCCACUGUGAAGCACCAAGAUAAUUAGUAUGAUAGCUUCUUGGUCAGUUAAGUGAAGAAUUAGUUACACACUAUCCCCAGAACUGCCUCACUCAAAUGCAGUAAAGGAGGCAUUUUGAAAACCAGAUAUUCUGCUGAACACAACCACAAAGCCUUAGUGUUAGGUCAAUGUACAUUACUUUUAUUUUAUAGCUGGUGUGGUCAUCUGAUCCAAACAUGCAAAAAAAAAAAAAAAAGAUUCUAAAACAGUUUAUUUUUUCAUAAUAUAAAAAAAUAUUCCAAAGUAAAUGUGUAUAAUAGUUUUGUACAUUGUGGUAAAAUAAAUACAGUUAUAUUUCAUAUGUAGGAGACUCAUUUUAUAAAGUAAUAAAAAUAAAUAAUUUAGUUACAUAUCAGACUGAAACACUGUCGGUGUUCUAAAAGCUCAGUUACAGAGGCAUGAAUUCAAUGUUUCCUGUUCUGAGCUGUGGUUUGUGGUUAGUCCACAUGAUUCCAUAGGAAGUAACCUCUUCAUAAUACAGUACACUGCAUCGGCACCAGGAGGAGACUGUAUAUUAUUCUGAUACCAGUAACAACGUGCUCUGUAGCGCCUCUGUGCAUGUGUAUGGGGCUUUGUUUUGAACUCAGAUGUUUGUUUCAGUUGUGUUAAUCAUGAAUACCACUGGAAAUGUUGUUGUACCCUCUGAGGCUGGUGUACAAUCUUUGCCUUUAUUUUUCUCUGGCUCACAGACCAAAUACAGUAUGCUUGUGUGACAGCAUAGAGAGGCCAUAGAUUUUCUACUGAGCUGUAGUGGUCCAAACAGUACUAUUGCAACAAUGGCAAUGUAUUUGCAUAUAUUUAAAGGUUGGUUUUUCUGAGCAGAUUUUUUUUCCCCUAAACACUCAAUGCAGAUUAGGUCUUAUAUUUAUAAUUUUGAUACAUUUGAGUAAAAACUAUAAGUUGUUUCUUUUUGCUGAAUUCUACUGGAACCCCAAAUGCCUUUUAAUCAGGAGGAAAUCAAGCCAGUUCUGACAUGAUGUUACAAACAGCUGUCUGUACUGUGUCAUCCACUUUGCUCACUCAAACGUCUCUGAUCAGAAUCCUCUUACUCCACACCAGCCACCAUAAUAUGUUGUGGAAAUUAUGAGCAAUGGUGAUUGACAUGUUUAACCUCUCAGGCGAUGUAGACUCCACAGUCCUAGGCUCUGAUUGGUGGAUAUUUGUACCUGCUGCUUGAGACGAGGAGUGUAGGCAAGACUGUAAUCUGCAAAAAAAAAUCAUUUUGUGAGAAAAAAAUAAAUGUAAUUCUUUGUCUAUUAAUGCUAUAUAUUCUAUAUAAUUCUAUAGUCAAUGUUGCGACUAAUUAAAAAUUCUGACUUUAGCAAAUUAAUUCAAGAACAUAGCACAUAUCAGAUUACUGUUAAAACCAAUAAGCAUUUUGAUAAUAAUGUUUAUUUGGUAAAGUCCUUUAUAAACACAAAUAUUAGACAAAUUGAAUAAAUGACGCAAAAUUUAAGAAAUAUUUCAUGUUCUGAUGUCCAUAAUCUGUGGCGCUAGAAAUGUCAGUGUGAUGGUUAGUUUUGUUUGAAGUAAACCAAAAACACACCCGCAGCUUCCAGUAAUAGCAGAAGGCAAACUGAGUGUGUGGAGUUUUAUAGGCAGGGCAGGUCUACCAAAAGAUGCAGGCAAGUUGCAUUAUGGCAUGUGUAGAAUCCAGCAUUUUUGGAGACUGACUACAUAUUACAAGCUGCUCUGAAUUUCCCUGCAUUCCUUUUUACACCUGUCUUUCACAGGUCCCCUUAUUUCAUUAAGGUGCAAUACUAAAUCCCUGUAGUGUCCCUUAAUGCCAGCAACUGCAGAUUCAAUGUAAAUUUAAAUCAUUUGCAUUUACAGAAUCACAAGACUCUUAUUCUUCUGUGCCUCAUAGUGCCUGUUUAGAAAGACUAUAUUUAGGCCGAGGAAGUUUUUGGAAUGGAUCCUAAUUUAAAUGCUCUAAUGUUAUCCUUGUCUAUAAUAUGAAGGGCAGAGACUGAAAGUUUAAAGAGACCUUAAGAGCAAAGUAAUGUGGAUGUUUCUUGGAGAACAUUUUUUUUUCUUUUUUCUCACUUUACACCAUUGUAAACAUGUAAAAGAAUCUUUUUUUUUGUCUCAACUGUUUUGCCUCCAACAAUCUGUCCCUAUUUUAACUGUACAGAAGAUGUAAACCCAAAUAAAAUGUUUGCCAUAGUAUGA